AUGUGGGGCGAAGAAACUUCGCAUGUGAUAUCAUCGCCCGUAGAGCAAAUGGAUAACCCCAAAGAUAUUUUAAAUACUCCAUGCAGUCGUGAUUUAUGGAUUAAACUCUCGCGUGAUACCGUAUUCUAUAAUCCAGUGACAGGUGCAGUGGGACAAUUUCAAUGGACAAGAUCGGAAACAAACAAAGCCUACCUUAAUGCACUUGGUGUCACUUUUAGUGCAGAGGAGAAAUCACCUUCAAGUCUACACUCACCAUUAGGAUCACCAGGUCAUAUUAAUACAACCAAAAAGAGGCAGACAGUAGACGGAAAGCGUCUGGUCAAUUCAUCCACCACUUCUUUACCUUCUUCUCCCGACGGUUCUCAAACACAUUUACGAUCUGCAUCUGCCACAGGUGGAUUAAGAGUUGUCACGAGCAAAAUGGAUGAACAUGCCAAAGAAGCUAAAAAGGAAGCAGACCAAGAAAUGGAACUGGAUAUUGAUAUUGCCAGAGCCUAUUGUGAACUGACAGAAGAAACUAUCCGUGUGUUCCCAGAUGUAAAAUUGAAUGCUAUGGUGCUAGAACUCAGUAGACUUCAAAGACAGGCAGCGGAUUAUCUCGACCAUUUAUUAGAUCAGCGAGAACAAUUAAAGAUGGAUGCAGAGACUUACAAUGAUUUGAUUAGUUGUAUUGUGGGUCACGCUCAGAGAUUACAUGUUCAAAGUAAAGAUGCCACGCCUGCCAUGGUGUCCAAAAAAAAGACAAAUGGAAAAUUCUCGAAUAUCAUGCGACGUAAAACCACAACAAAUACUCAGAGCGCAUCUAUGGGAGGUGGUGUUGUGGGCGUAAAACAACAACAAGGGCCGGCACCUAAAAGAACAUUGUCGACAGCUGCUCACGUCUCAACCACUACAGAAAGUCGGAGAUCGAUGUAA